GAUCUCCAUCAGCACCGCUCAGAUCCCCCAGCCUUCUCUCCUCCACGUGCACAGCCCAGGGCUCUCAGCCUGCCCCGUCAGGAGGUGCUCCAGGCCCCACCACCUCGCAUCCCCCACUGGGCUUUCUCCAGUAGUUCCCGCCUGCCUGGAACUGGGCAGCCCAGCACUGGUGCACUGCUCCAGAUGUGCCCCCCAGGGCAGAGCAGAGGGGAGGAUCACCUCCCUCACCCUGCUGGCCACACUCUCUGCAGUGCAUCCCAGGGUCCCAUUGGCCUCCUUGGCCACCAGCACACACUGCUGGCCCGUAAUCAGCCUGUGGGCAACCACUGGUUGACUGUUGGCCACCACGACCCCCAGGUCCUUCUCUGUUGAGUUUCUUUCCAGCAGCUUGACCUUCAUCCUGUGCUGAUAUUGCAGUUAUUCCUUGUCACAUGUAGGAUUUUACACUUGCAAUUUCAACUGACUUCUGUGUAUGAUAGUUUUUAUUUAUAUCUUGGUUCAAAUGUAUAUCGUGUGUGUGCAUUGUGUAUUUUCACAGAUAGGUAAAGAUCUCCAAUAAAUAUUUUCAUUCUUCGUAGAGAGAAACUAAAAUCUUUCCUGUAUUGAGGAAACAGUUGUUUUAACUGUGUUUUUCCUUGAGGAAUAUAAACCUUAGUGUGGCAUCAACUUUGCUGACUGCCUUGUUCAGCAUUAAGUUUGUAGUCUCACCUAAAGAGAAAUUCCAGAGCAUGCUGAAGUCAACAUAAAUGUCUGGAUUUCAGAAUACCUGCAGGGGCUGCUGACAAAGUAUCACUUUCUUUUUCUUCUUGAUCAGAGACAUGACCUUUCCUUAAAGGGUUCUUGUCAUAUCAUAAACUUGUGAAGCUCUCCAGCAUAGUGGAGGCAAAGGCUUUCAAUGGAAAAUGCUUUACUGCAGUGCUUCCAUAGUUCAGCUCUGCGUGCUACAGUGUCCCUACUGAUCACAGCAAUCAGUUGAUCCAUUCAAAAUCUGGAGUGCUGUAGAAGUCACUUUGCUUUUGCUUUGAUUAGCAUGUGGACUGCACCUAUUUGAACUGUGUGUUGCAUGCCAUGCCAGCUUUGGUGAGAAGGUAGAGCUGUCUGCUGUAGGCUGGCCUGAACGUUACUGACCACUGAGUGCUUUCCCAUAUCCAGUAUUCUUCAUCUCUGUUUCCCGUCUCCAUUAUCACUGUGUUCUGCUUUAUGAUGUCCAGGCAGUUCCAAUUCAGAUCUCUUGUUCUCUGUGUUGCUGCUUAUAUGUAAGCGACCUGGGAUGCCAUCAGGAGCUCGAAUGCCCCAUCAGGGGGCUCCCAUGGGUCCCCCAGGCCCUCCAUAUGUUGGAAGCCCCUCGGUGAGACCUGGGAUGCCCCAGACUGUGAUGGAAACAACGAGAAAACGUACCGCACCACAGCAGGUCCAACAACAGCAGGUGCAGCAGCAAGUGCAGCAGCAGCAGCAAGCUACUCAGAACCGAACUAGGAGUGCCAAGAGGAGGAAGAUGGCUGACAAAAUUCUCCCUCAGAGGAUCCGGGAGCUGGUUCCUGAGUCCCAGGCCUACAUGGAUCUGUUGGCCUUUGAACGCAAACUAGACCAGACCAUUAUGCGGAAGCGCGUGGAUAUUCAGGAAGCACUGAAGAGGCCAAUGAAGCAAAAGAGGAAGCUGAGACUUUAUAUCUCCAACACAUUUAAUCCUGCAAAAUCUGACGCCGAUGACUCCGACGGCAGCAUCGCAUCAUGGGAGCUUCGAGUGGAGGGGAAGCUCCUGGAUGACCUCAGCAAACAGAAACGGAAGUUUUCAUCUUUUUUUAAGAGUUUAGUCAUUGAACUGGACAAAGAUCUUUAUGGACCCGACAACCAUCUUGUGGAGUGGCACAGAACUCCCACAACUCAGGAGACUGAUGGCUUCCAGGUGAAAAGACCUGGUGAUGUCAGUGUGCGGUGCACGUUACUCCUCAUGUUGGAUUACCAGCCUCCGCAGUUCAAACUGGACCCACGCUUGGCCCGCUUGCUGGGGAUACACACGCAGACCCGAUCAGCUAUCAUCCAGGCUCUCUGGCAGUACAUCAAAACAAAUAAGCUGCAAGAUUCCCAUGAUAAGGAAUACAUUAACUGUGACAAGUACUUCCAGCAGAUUUUUGACUGCCCGCGGCUAAAGUUUUCUGAAAUCCCUCAGAGACUGACUAACUUGCUGCUGCCACCAGAUCCUAUCGUGAUAAACCAUAUCAUCAGUGUUGACCCCAAUGAUCAGAAGAAGACGGCUUGUUAUGACAUAGAUGUAGAAGUUGAAGACCCAUUAAAGGGACAGAUGAGUAGUUUUCUUCUCUCAACAGCUAACCAACAGGAGAUUACAGCAUUGGACAACAAGAUUCAUGAGACAAUCGAAUCCAUAAAUCAGCUAAAAAUACAACGUGAUUUCAUGCUGAGUUUCUCCAAGGAUCCCAAAGGAUACAUCCAAGACCUUCUCCGGUCCCAAAGUAGGGAUCUUAAGGUGAUGACUGAUGUUGUUGGAAAUCCAGAAGAAGAACGCAGAGCUGAAUUUUAUCAUGAGCCAUGGUCUCAAGAGGCUGUGAGCAGAUAUUUCUACUGCAAGAUUCAGCAGCGCCGACAGGAACUGGAACAGUCUCUGGGAGUGCGCAACACAUAAGUAUUGCUAAAACAUCACAUUGGCAUCAUGACCACAGAACAAGUGGACUCCCCAGUGUUACUUAGCUCACUGUUACACAUGGACCUGCUUCCUGACUGGAUGGGAAUGUACCAUCGACAAACCAGUCAGAACACCAGCUUUAGAGUGACCCUUGAAAACACCGCCCGUGGGGGGUGUCUCAAAGCAUUCCAGGCCAUAGAUAGCAGAAGAUUGCCAUGCUUUAUACAGGUGUCAGUGCUAAAGAAGAUUAAAGAUUAAUUCAUCAACUUGCAUCAUUGAGUUCUAGUGGAAAGUUCAGACACUAAGCAGCAAAUCCUUAUGGGUUGUGCAUAGAAUCACAGAUGGAAUUGAUGGGAGAAAUUGAGUUGAGUGUUAUAAAAGACUACAGAUUUAGAGAAAUAAAGGUAAUUCUCAUCCUGUGUUACCUAAGAGUCUCAAAUAGUAACUUCUCUGGAAUUAGACAAGACAGUCCUGAUAGUUGUGGAAUGCUUUAUAUUCCUGAAUAGAACUUUCAUUAUAGUGCAAGGAGCCAUCAUGCUAUGUAAAAUAAUAAACUAGGAGAGUUUUCAUUCCUGAAAUGAAAAGCUCCUCUGGAAGAAUAAAGUACAUUUAGGACAUUUAUUUUGCAAACUGUAACACGCUCCAUUUACCCUGCCCGUGCAAUGAGAGGCAAACAGAUUGAUAUAUCACAUGAGUGUGAUCAAUGUGCUAUACUGAGAGGAAGAAAUUUUUUUCCAGCAUGAAAGCCUCUUAAGCAUUCUCAAGUGUCAGUGGGUUAGUAAAGCAGAAUUUGAAGCAAGAAAUAAGGCAACCUGAGAAAAUGCAAAUAACUAAUGGUGCUUUGCUGAUACCUGCCUUGAACACAGCAGAUAUUAACAAUAAGCCUAUAGGCAAAAUAGGAGAUUACUUAAACAUUUCUUUCUUUGUGUGCCACUGGAGAUCAAGACUGUAAAGAAGUUCUCUAAUUGUUAAGUUGGUUCAGAAUCCAAAAAACUUAACUUUGUGUAAUGUGGCAGUUUUCUCUUUACUUCACAGUCUUAACAGAAUCCCUGGAUUGGUCUUCUUCAGUCAUAGGUAAACUGCCUUUUCCUAUGGAUCAUUCAGUUCCCCCAUUCACUCUGUGUUGGUUACAUAGGAUGCUGUUGAAUUAUGAAGCACUGUCAGCCUUAGAUACCCCUUGGAAACCACCUUCUUUGCAAAUACAUGACAAAUUCAGACAAUGGGAAUUACACCAUAUUGACUUGGAAGCAGAGACAUCUUCAUUAAAUCCUUCCCCCAUCCUGCUUUUUGUACUGCAUAAAUUAGUUUGUCAUUAAUGAACCAACAUGAUUUCUGGUCCAAAAAGCAGCUGCCAAAGUAUAACUGGGUCCUGAUGAUGUAGCACUCAAUAUCCUCUUCUAGGCUGCUCCUCUUCAUCUCCUUUCUUUCACUUUCUUGGAAUGAAAGUUCACGUGUGGUAAGGAAUGGAGGCAGCUUUUAAGUAUUUAAUUUUGCUGUAGUAAAGUCCUCUUCUGCUGUCUUUGCCAAUUCCUUCAUAUUUGAAUGUAAAAGUUUCUUCUGUCAGUCACAGAAGACACAAGUCUUCCCUCCCAGUGCUUCGCUGAAUACAUCUGCUUACAUGUUACCAGUGCCAUGGCUUUCACUCUGUCCAUUGUGAUCAGAGGUGUCUCAGAAAAUUCACGCUUGAUUGCAGUCAUUUGUUGGCAGUAACACUGUGUAAAAACAUUGGUGUGAAAAAAGCACAGCUGUACCUCUUUGCCCAAGUCCUUUUCCUGGGAAUGGCUUGGUUUGAAUUUAUUUUAUUUUAGUUUAGUUUAGUUAAAAAGCCCUUUUUACACUAAAACCUGAAAUCCAGCAGUCUUAAACUGAGUCUUGAUAGGGGCUGAGAGGUUGUCAGACAGUUAAUGACUUUAAAUCUUAUUUGCUGUAGGAACUCUGCUAAUUGCACUACAAGCAAAAAUUAUGAAGGAAAACAGUGAGGAUCAUCUGCUACUGUGCUUCCAUAUUUGUUACACUGCUGUGUCAGUUGUGUGCAUGCUGUCCCGUGUAAAAUUAUUUUCUGUAUGUGGUAAACAGAGCAGCUACAUUCAAGGGAUGCAUUUGAUCUCCAGGAAUAAUAAAUUCAGAAAAAGAUAAGUAGGGUUGUGAGAAGGGCAUGAAGCUGGGGUAGAUGCCAUCUGCCAGGGGCUUUUGGUUUUGAGAUAACUGUCAUUUGAGUGGCAAAUAUUUCUUCAGAGAAAUUCCAGUUAUGUGCCACAGCUGGCAAAAUAACUGAGUCUAAUCUACUUCUAGAAUCUCUCUUUAGAAUUAAUUAAGCGGAUGGGUUUUUUGGAGCAAAUUAAUGUAAAUCAUGUGUUGCUGCUGCCCAGCGGAGCCAGAACAGCACCACUGGAAGCUGCAGCCCUGUUCAGCACCAGAGCUGUACUGAAGCGCGUGAGAGCCUGGCACGCGUGUGCUUGUGCACGAGUCGGUGCCUGGCAAGCCAGAAUCCAAAUUCUUAGGUUCUACUCUCCAUGUUCCUACUGCACAUAAAAAGACUGUUCACCAAUGAUGAGUCUUAGUUGCCAGAUAUCUUCCUUUUGGUUAAAACACAUCUGAAAUUUUGAUACUUUUGUCCUGGGCGCAGAAGCAGUUUGGGCCUCUGUCAUCCAUCCCGGGGGUGCAGCCAGGGCUUGGUUCUGGAAAACUGCGACGUUAUCUUUGAGGAGAAGCAAUGGAACAAUUCCGGGAGGAACUGGAGCAAAUGCAGCUUAGGCAUGGAAAAAUGGAAGUUAAUGGUAAUGAGCAGGCAUGUAAUUGCAGCAGAUUUUGAGUAGUAAAUUCACCUUAGUCUCGAGAUGAUGGUAUUUUUUGGCUGAAAAAGAAAAAGGCGAGAAAAUUUUGGGGUUUCUUUGGUUUCUACCACAGUACAAUACGAAUAUGCACAUACUGCAACAAUAAAUUGAGCAAAUAAAAUCUGUGCACAGUAGUAGUUAAUUUAUAGGUGAUAAUAUAGAUUGUUAGAAAAUAAAGCACAAAAUUAGGACAGAGUUAAGACAAUUUCUGGAAUGCAAUAAAAGGGAAAUAUAUCUUGAAGCUGAAAUGCUGGCAUAACAGCUAAGGGAAAAACAAAUGUUUGAUUGUGGAAGAAAAAUACCAGGAUAGAGAGAAGAAUACCACGAUUGUAAAAGAAAGGAAAAAAUGGAAGCAGAGUGCCACUGAAGUGCCAUUAAGACAAAGCACAGGAUAAUGUGCAGAGUAUUGCUGAAAAUAGCACAGCUGACGUGGUUUUGUAUAUUUUGCGUGUAUGUGGAUAUGUGUCCAUGUAGGGUCAGGUGUGAGUGUCAUUCUCAACUGGUAUAGAAAGGGAUGUGCAGGGCACAGCCGUGUGUUCUGCGUAUCACUUUGGAGACUCACUGUCAGAACUUCUCCCGCUGCUGUCAAGGGGAUUUAGCUGCUCCACUACCAGCACUAGUUGUUCUAGUGCAUGCGUGGCUUCAGUUGACAGCUUUUUAUAUCACACUGUAUAGAAUUUAUUCUGCUGAAGCUGGUGAAAGUAUUGGUAUUAUAUGCUACAAGUCCACAUUUUUCUAAAGCGGUAGUGAGGUGUUGAGUUUUUUUCCUGUUUGUGUUGAGAACCCUUUUUAUGGCAGCUCGAAGAGAUGAAGGGGAAAUGAAGACACUUUUUUUUUUUUUUCCUGAAGAAGGAGGUGUCCUUUCUGUAACUGCUCUGUUGUUUAAUAGGAUGUAUCUGUUCUACCAGAUCCUGUACGAUUAACUCUUUUUCCAAUCUCACUGAAGAAAAGAACUCCAUUUAAAAAAUACAGCUGUGAAUUUGUGUGAGCAAAUAUAUUCAUAAGGGGAGAUGGAAGAGAGACUCCAUCUAUUCUGUAGCCAUUGUGUCUUCACUGUAUGAUGAUGAGUGAGUGGUAGAAAAGCUUUUAACAAUAAAUGCUUUGUUUCUUUGUAA